AUGGGGAUGGAUCGAGAAGUAUCCGCCCCGUCCCCGUCCGUCCACAAAACGACGCCGUUUGGGCACCUGGGUUCGCAUCAGGGCAUCAGGCAUAAACUCCCCAUCUGCAGUCUGGUCGACAAAUCCUACCUCUCCAGAUUACAGAUGGAUGGUGCAAUUUCAAAUGAUGCUUUGAAUGUGAAUGAUCCUCCUGUGCCUAAUUCUCUAAAUCCUGAUGUUAAUGGUAAUGUUAACGGUAAUGGUAAUGGUACUGUUAAUGGUAAUGGUACUGUUAAUUUGGCUGAUGUGAUUGAAACUGGUGAAGUCAUUCUUGAGGAAGAUAAGAAGUUGACUUCUGAUCAAGUUGUCAUCUAUUACCUUGGAUAA